AUGCCUGCCGGUAAAGAGGGAGAUGCCACCUCAUCCAAUGCCGCCCAAAGAACGACCUUCAGACCGCCCUGGGUCAAAGAGGGGCCCAACCCCCCUACCGCCCCUACAGCCCCUUGGGGCACGAAUAAACUCAACAGCAGGCGGGACAGCAACUUGUCUGACUCCGGUUCAGAUUACAACCCUCUAGCGGAAGUGCAACUGAGAAAAACGCUAAAAAAAGCACCAUCCCAAGAAAAUGGAGACAAGGAGAAAAAAAAUAAGAUCCUAGCUGGGGUGCAACUGAGAAAAACAAGCAUACAGACGAAAGAACCGCAGGAAAACGGGGCGAAGGAAAGUUUCUUCCAGAAGCCGGCCCUCAAACCGGUCCCCAUACGGGAGAAAACCCCCCCGAAGAAGGACCACAAGAUACACAACCUGCCGACGCUGCAAAAAGUAUCGGAAAGAGUGCUGAAAAGUCCUCCGAGGAAAUCUUCAUACGCCCGAGAUGACACUUUGACAGGAGAAGAAGAAUCAGACGACUACGAUACAGAAGAAGAAGACGAGGACGAUGUAGAAAUAGAUAAGGAGGUUCCAACAAAGAGGAACGCCAUCGUCAGAGAGGCCUCAAUGAGGAGGCUUUCUCAAUCGAACAUACCACCUCCACCGCCUCCACAACCAGGUAUGCCUCCACCUCCACCAAUGAUGCCGGGUGGACAACCAAAGAAACCACUAACCAACAAACAGAAAUCGAGACUCGACAAACUCAAGUCUAGACCGAAGAACAGACCAGAUUGGAGCAACUUGCUCCAAGAAAUCGAAUCGAAAAAGCAAUUGAAACACGUGGUUUGCAACGACAGAUCACAACCACUUUUGCCAGAGGCCAAAGCUCCAGACGAACACUUUUUGUACAAAAGCGAAGAACCGAAUGUCCACAAUGUUCUGCUCAAACAGAUUGAAGGUGGCAUCAAACUGAAGAAAGUGAAGACGAACGACAGAAGCAAGCCGAUGCUCGACGGAUUGAGAAAAUUCAGGAGACAAAUGACCAUCGAGGAGCAAAUCCAGAAGUCGAUUUCCAUGGCCAGUAUAGCACCGAACUUGAUUCAACAGGAAGAAGCAGCAGAAGAAAUCGACGAAAUGGACGACAUAGACAAGGUCAGAGACGAUCUACAGAGUACUAAGCAGAUGUUGGCACUCGAAAUGAGAAACAAGGAGGCACAAGAAAGGGAAAACAAAAGACUGCUUGCCAGAAUACAGAAUCUAGAAGCCGAACUGGAAAAAGAAAGAAGUAAAGUGAAAGAAGGCGGAUCGCCAAACUCAAACAACGCUGCUGACGAUAAGGUGACGGAGUCGCUUAGAAAAGAAGCUAAUGAAGCUAGAAAAACGUCUCAAGAACUGGAAAAGAAAUAUACUCAAGCUGCAGAAGAACUAGACUCGACAAAAGCUCAGAUGGAAGACCUUAGAAGGCAAAAUCAGAUGCUGGAAAAAAAACUACAAGAAGCUUCUCUUGGUAAAAGGGUUUCCAUAUCAGAUGGUAAACAUAACGCCCAAGGUAAUGGGAGCGAUGAAGAUUUCGAUGACGAACCGGAGCCUGAGAGCGAUGGAGAAGACACAGAAGAGAAGAGAGAAAAAAGGGCACAGAAAGAACUGAAGCUUCUGGUGAAGAAGCUGCAAAGCUUCAAAACUAAAGAAGACAAUGCGAAAAAAGAGAGAAUGGCGCUCAGAGACAUCAUCAAGAAGCAUCAGGCAGCAAUCAAAGAGGAGAAAAAGAAGUUCAAACAACUGAAGAAAGAGGUUGACAAGAUGGCGAAUCUGAUGAAGGACGCCGACGAGGAGUCAGAAGAAGAGGAAGAGGAGGAAAAAGAAGUGGAAGAGGAAGAAUCCGAGGAGGAAGAAGAAUCUACAGAAGAAGAAUCAGAAAGUGAAACGGACGAAAGCGAUUCUGAGAAGAGCCAGAGUGAAGAUGAAGAUGCCCCUAUCGAGAAGAAGAAAACGAAUUUGUCCACUAGGGCCAAAAGGCACGAAAAUAUACUGAAUGCUCUGAAAAAGGGUAAUUUCUUGUUGAAAACGAAUGCUGAGCGACUACAGGACGAACUCAAUAAACAAAAAGAUAUGACAUUAGCUUUACAGGAAGAUCUUGAUUCUGUUUUGUCUGAGUUGGGCUAA